CACAAAGCCAUUUUAUCUCUUCUUCUACAACUCUAGUGCUUUUUAUUUUCCAGUUUUCCUGGCUGUUCAUUCCCACUUUCAGCAUUUGCUACCAGUGACCACCCAAUUCAAUCUCGCUUCUUGAAGAUUAUGUGGGCUUCCACUCGAAACUCUUCUCAACCUACGAAGCAGCUGCAGAAGCAGGAAAGAGAACGGUUAGGGGUGAGUUUCAGACCAGAAAACUUCAUUCCAGGCCUCGUACUUGGUUUUAUAUUUGGGUUGUUGCUGGAUUUGUCAAAGCCCUCUAAAACCCCUUCCAAGAAGAAGAAUUUCCUACCUGGAAAGCUUCAAGAAGAAGACUUUGUUUCCACUAAUGCUGAUCAAAACCUUAAAAUGGUUUUAGUGGUUAGACAAGACCUUAAGAUGAAAUCAGGGAAGAUUGCCUCUCAGUGUGCCCAUGCUGCCACCGGCAUGUAUGCAGAAUUGAUGAAAAGCGAUCGAUCCCUUUUAAGACAAUGGGAGGAUUGUGGACAACCCAAAAUAGUCGUUACAUGCAGGAAUCAACAAGAAAUGAAUAAGUUAAGGGAAGCAGCUGAGAAUAUUGGCCUCCCCACUUUUGUUGUUGCUGAUGCUGGAAGAACACAGGUUUCAGCUGGGUCAAAGACAGUUCUUGCCAUUGGACCUGGACCAAAAGUGCCAGUUGAUUCAGUGACAGGGAAGUUGAACUUGCUCUAAUGUUGUUGAAGGAAAAAUCCUCGCCUUAUUGGGUCUCGAUAAUCAUGAUCUCAAUCGCUUCACAAGAAAUGAAAAAUAUCCUUUGAUGGAUUUUGAUUGGCUCAUAAACAUGGUUAACGACAGCUGCAAGAAUUGAGAGGAGUUGCUAGAUGAGAAUUUCUGCAACUUCUAACCAUCCAAUUGUAGGAAAUACCAUUUGGCCUGGUUACUGGAACAGAUUGAGGAAUCAGAAUGUCAAUUUGUUAUAUUUUGGUUCUUACAGUGUUUCAAAUAUUCUGUACCCUAUUGUGUUUCCAACAAAGCUACCUUAUCCUGCUAUCUAUAAUCCAGAAGAAAUACAAAAUCUUCUUAUAAUUUAA